CAGUUUAAUCUCUUGAACUUUGCUACUUGAGCAGACGUCUUUUCAAAUACAAACAGUUUCUACAGCACAAGUCCGAAGUCCCAUAGCUAACCCUGAGGUAUAUAGGAACCAUCAGGAUCAGAAUGUUACAGAAGAGAGUGAAAGUGACCUGAUGAAAGAAGGAGUUUCUCUCAAGAGAAGCUGGAGAACUGUUCUCUAUUCCCAACUUCACCACAUAAAGGACUGAAAACUGGGCCAGACGAUUUAGUGCCUAAAGAAGCAAGAAAGUAAAAACUGAUACACCUGUGACUGAACUGUUUUUACAGGUAACAUGAACAUCACGGAAUAUUUCACCAGAAUUUCUUAUAAUGGCUCCUAUAAAAACCCAGAUUUGGAGACCUUGACUGCAAUAUUCCAGCAUCACAUCAGGGCUGUUCCUUUUGAAAACCUCAGCAUCCACUGCGGGGAAACCAUUGAGUUAGACUUAGAACCAGUUUAUGACAAAAUAGUGAGGAAGAAACGUGGUGGCUGGUGCAUGGAAAACAACCAUCUCUUAUAUUGGGUUCUGAAAACGCUGGGAUAUGAUACCACCAUUAUAGGAGCAAAAGUUUACAGCCCAGAAGAAAAUGCAUAUCAUCAUCAUAUUGAUCACCUGAUGCUAAAGGUGGUCCUGGAUGGGAAAGCAUACAUAGUGGACGGCGGCUUUGGAAUGGUCUAUCAAAUGUGGCAGCCAAUGGAGCUGAUUUCUGGGAAAGACCAGUCCCAGGUUCCCGGCAUCUUUCGCUUCACGGAAGACAAUGGGAUUUGGUACUUUGAGAAAAUCAGAAGGAAGCAAUACAAUCCCAACCAAAGCUUCUCUAAUUCCAAUAAUCUGGAAAAAGAUGCAUGUAAGAAAGUGUAUCUGUUUACCCUUGAGCCAAGAGAGAUAGAAGAUUUCAGGCCCCAGAAUGUGUAUCUCCAGACAUCUCCAGAUUCUCUGUUCGUAACAAAGUCCAUCUGCAGCCUCCAGACCACUGAUGGCCUUUGGGCUUUAGUUGGGUGGAAACUCACCAAGGUUAAAUACAAUUACAAGGAGAACAUGGAUCUGGUAGAAACCAUGACACUUACAGAUGAGGAGGUGGAAAAAACAGUGAAAGACAAAUUCAGAGUAAUGCUAGAUCAUAAACUCAUCCCAGUUAACAGCAGCAGAUUGUCUAUGUUUUGUAAGCCAGUUUAGUUUAUUGGCCAGAAUAUAAUUUGCUACAGCUACAUCAAAUAGAAUCUCUUUCCCAGCAUCUAAUUAUUGCAAAAAAUGAAAGGCUAGGCUGUCACUCUCUGCCUCGCAUAGAACAAGGGGUGGCACGUAGCAAUGCUACCCCAGCAAAGAAAUUGUGACUCUUAGAGCUACAAUUUCUUCCCUGCUUCUCCCCUGGCAUCAACUGAUAAAUUAAGGGUUCCAGGCUUAUGCCAAUAGCAGAGUACUUUCCACUCUGUGUGGGCUCCACUGCUCUGGCUCGUACAUGGGGUGGGUUGGGUGUGUGGGCUGGAGGCAAUUUUAACUCCAUGGAGCUGCCCUUUCCAGAAAGCAAAGUGAGGAGGCCAUGCCAGGAACACUCUUAUGCCUCCUUGCUCCCCUGCACUGCCAUGUAGAGCAAA